UCUAGACCCAGCAUCCCUUUUUAGCUCUUAUUUGCUGUUCAUGGCUAGUUUGCGUUAUAACCCAACGUGUACAAUAUAACUCAUGCUUGUUGUACACCUCAAGGCUCCGCAGGAUAACUGACACUAUAAUAGUAAAUAACUCCUUGUCCUGCACCGGGCACUGUUGUCCCUCCCAUAUCCUCUGCACACUUCCAGGGCAUUUGGAACGCAGACAGUUCCUACUGCUUGGCAUUGACAUGAGAGAAAUACAGCUUUAGCCCAACAUACAGCAUUUUGGAGGUGACAUAGGUGACCAUGAUUUGGCAGCUUCUGCUUGUGGCAGCCCCCCUAUGCUGCUGUGACACCGGUGUCUCAUCUGUGAGUGCACAGCUCAGCCGGGUAUGGGGUCCUGGGCUCAAGGCACAAGCAGUGCUUCCUGCACGGUAUUUCUACAUCCAGACUGUGGACACAGAGGGCAACAAUUUUACUUGUUCCCCUCCAAAACAUCAGUUUCAAGUACAAAUUACUUCACCUGGAGUACAAUAUACCAGAGUAGGAACUCAAAUACUUGAUAGAAAAGAUGGCUCCUUCAUUGUAAGAUACCGACUGUAUGCCAGCUACAGAGAUCUGCGCAUAGACGUUACCAUCAAUGGCAGACACGUUGCUAAGUCUCCUUACAUUCUAAAAGGUCCAGUUUACAGUGAGGAGUGUUACUGUCCGGAGCCAAACAGCCAUGUUUGGUUGGAACACAUGUCUUGUAAGGAAUCUAUUCCACAAAUCCAACGUGACCUUGAACCUUUCACCUCGGUUGACCCUGACAAGAUUGCUGUGGAAAUCCCUAAAAGAUUUGGUGAGCGUCAGAGCUUGUGCCAUUAUACAAUCAAAGAUAACAAGGUUUAUAUAAAGACUUACGGAGAGCAUGUGGGCUUUAGAAUUUUCAUGGAUUCCCUUCUUCUCUCUCUAACUUGUAAAGUAAAAGUUCCAGAUAUAGAAUUUUUUGUUAACUUGGGGGACUGGCCUUUGGAGAAGAGAAAAGUUUCGAGUAUUCACCCCAUCUUUUCAUGGUGUGGAUCCUCAGAGACUAGGGAUAUUGUAAUGCCUACAUAUGAUCUCACAGAUUCUAUUUUGGAAACCAUGGGACGGGUGAGCCUGGAUUUAAUGUCGGUCCAGGCUAAUACUGGUCCAAAGUGGGAAGAAAAGAACAACACAGCAUUCUGGAGAGGUCGCGACAGCUGUAAAGAGCGGCUGGAACUAGUGAAAAUGAGCAGGAAAUAUCCUCACUUGAUAGAUGCUGCUUUCACUCAUUUCUUCUUUUUUCAACAUAAUGAAAGUCUUUAUGGUCCUAUUGUUGAACCUAUACCAUUUUUUUACUUCUUUAAGUACAAGUACCAAAUCCUAAUUGAUGGCACAGUGGCAGCAUACAGGAUGCCCUAUCUUCUUGCUGGGAAUUCUGUGAUACUUAAGCAAGAUUCCAUUUAUUAUGAGCACUUUUACAGUGAAUUAAAACCAUGGAAACACUAUGUACCUUUCAAAAGAGAUCUCAGCGAUUUGUUAGAGAAAAUCCAGUGGGUAAAAGAUCACGAUGAAGAGGCCAGAAAAAUUGCAGAAGCAGGAAAUGAGUUUGCAAGGAAUAACCUUAUGGGGGAUCACAUAUAUUGCUACUAUUUUAAGCUCUUUCAAGCAUAUGCUCGUUUACAAGUGAGUGAACCCAGAAUUAGAGAUGGUAUGGAAAUUGUGGAGUUAUCGUCUGAUUACCUCUUUCCAUGUGAAUGUCAAAGAAAUAAGGUAAAAGAUGAACUAUGACAGUGGAGAACAUUUCAAAUGACUUGAAUUAACUUUCCGUUUGUACUGGCUUACCUUCAAUGCUAGAUAUAUUUUGAAUGAUUUUAUUUUUAUUACCGAGUAGCAAUUUUUCUAAAAGUAUUGAAGUUUUUAUUAUACUGCUCAGUUUUUGAUAAUAAAAAUAACAUGUUUAUUGUUAA